UUCUGAAAAAGAAUGAGGGACAAAUAUUUGGGAGGGAACAGAUGAGGGUGUAGACAUGAACGUUCACACGGUUUCCAGAGUAUUUCUGAACUGAUAAUGCAUGCAUACAUCAGAGGGAUCCUACCAAGAAGACAUUAGAUUAGAUUAGACCAGGCCUCAACUUAGAAGACAUCGGGUCCUGGUCUUGGUGAUUCAUACUUAAGAGGGCCGUGGUGUGGUGUAAUAUCAAGAAAGGAGGAACUUUUGAAAGCCUUGAUUAUUUUGAGUGUUGUGCCAUGCACCUGACUGUGACAUUAACCUUCCUAGUAUGGUCGAUGAGCAUAUUAUCCCAAGCCUCUCCAAGUGAUACCUACAGCAGCUGCCCGGCAGGCCAAGCAUGCCAGGCCAAGUUUGCAAACGGAAUAUGUGACCAGAAGUGCUCAAGUUCUGCCUGUCUGAGAGAUGGAUUUGACUGUCUGAAAGACAGAGGCACCUGCACUGAAGGAUAUAUUCAGUACUGCAAGGAUCAUUAUGACAACAAUCACUGCGAGCAGGGCUGCAACACUGCCCCCUGUGGAUGGGAUGGCUCGGAUUGCUACUCGAACCAGUAUCCCAUCUGGGCCAAAGGGACACUCAUAUUACACACUAGAAUUCAGUUCCAGAGAGGUCCUAUCCAGAACGGCUCUCUCUUAUGGGCUUUAAGCACUGUUCUUCUGACGAGCAUUAAACUCAGAGGCCUGACACCUUUCCAGACCAGUCAAGACCUUCGUACACUAGACACUCGACAGCUCUCUGACCUGUACACUCAAACAACACCCUACGACAGUGAUGGAUCGGUGUUAUUCCUGCAGUUGGAUAACAGACCGUGCUCCCGUCUUCCCUCCACCUGUUUCCAGUAUGCCAUUGAAGCUGCACACUUCCUGCAUGCCAUGUUGGCACAGAAUCAUGCCACAUUUCCCAUGAUCACAGAAGUCCUGGCAGCUGUAAUUAGUGUGCGGGGAGUUGAUGAGGAAAUAGGAGUCAGAGAGGAGGUGAAACACAAGGCCUCCCCUACCUGGAUGUGGCCUGUGGUUGGCGUUGCGUCUGGACUCGCAGUGGCGGUGGCCGUGAUUAUUCUAGUGCUGAUCCUGUGGUUAAAAAAAAGACGACAGCGGCGAGAGGGAGGAGAGCGAGUUCGUCACAGGUCAACGGUAACCGACAGCAAUAAUGGCAGCAAGGCCUGGAUGCGGCGUGCUGACCACCAGGAGAAAAGAGGAAGAGAGAAAGACAAAAAUGGGAUAAAGAAAAAGAAAGCAAAAGAGUCAGGAAAAAGACGUAAAGAACCCGUUGGCGAGGAUGCAAUUUGUAUGCGGCCCCUCAGGAAGGAACUGGACAUCGGAAGUGACACAGAUGUGACCCAGAGUUCCAUGGAGGACAUCAACAGGACGAUCCGUGACCACAGAUCACCAGACCAAAAACACUUCCAGACCAACCACCAACAACCUCGCAUGCUAGCUCCCCCUAGAGGAUGGGAGAGAAAUGCUGUUCCUGUACCUCAAAGACCACCAAGAAAUACUGCUCCAGUGCAGUGGUGCGGUCCAGAUGGCUCGGUUGUGCUUAUCCGAGCUGUCAGGAGUGGCCUUGACCGAGUGGUUCUGGAGCUCUUGAGAGCCGGAGUGCCGGUUAAUAACACCGACCAUACUGGGAGAUCUGCCCUCCACUGGGCAUGCUCGGUAAAUCAUCUGCCAUUGACACUGACUCUCAUUCGCUACGGUGCUGCAGUGGACUUGCAGGACCAUAAGGGUGAAACAGCUUUGUUUCUCUCAGCACUCCACGGUUGCUAUGAUACCGCACGAUUCCUCCUCCUUAAUGGGGCAAAUCAAGAGCUUCCUGACUGCAAAGGGCGGCGGCCACUGGAUGUGGCUCGGGCGGGAUUACAUCACCAAGUCCUUGAACUCUUAUUGGUUCAUAGAGUUCAGAGGGCGCCGGUUCCUCUAGAUCCAGCCACUGAGGUGCUUUGGGACGAUCGUGCUUACGUGUAUUCACCUUGGGUCGCCUCACCUCCAUCUCUACCUGGAAGAAGUGCCUCUUUUUCAGGGGUCAGAGGUCACAGAGGGACGGCAACACCUCCACCUAGUGAUUGGCAGAUGGGCAGUGUACAAUGCUCCUCCCCCCAGAACUGGCGUCCAGCACCCAACCAAUCAACGACAGCAUUGGUCAGCCCCAGGAUUCUUGGCCACCCCUCUCAGCCUAUCAGUACUCUUCAGGAAGUGACAUCAGAGGCAGAGGAAGAGGAAAGGGAGAUGACCCAGAACGUUUCUCGAGCAGCAACACCUCACUUCCUGUCUCCUCAACCAGCACCUCGACAGCGCUCGUUCUCUUGUACUCAACAUGCACUGAACCGCCGCUCCUGUGGCAACCAACCAGAGCUGUCAGUUGCCAUGGCAGCAGCCAAUGAGCAUGUUGAAAUAGUGAUUGUGCCCCACCCUAAAGAAAUGCCCAGCCAAUCAGAGAGGAAAACCACAGUGACUGGGCCGAACACAGCUCAGAUUGACUCUGAGAGAGAGAAUACAAGAAACUGCAAUUCCAAAAUACAGAAUGAGAGAAUAAAUAAUGAGCCAAGCAUCUCUAUCCAAACCAGCAUGUGAGAGGAGACAAAGAGAGAUCGAAAGAAUAGUUCAUCCAAAAAUGAAAGAUCUAUCAUCAUGUACAUCACCCCACAUAACCCAAAUGCUUGGAGAAAUUUGAAGAACCUUUUUGCAGCUAAUUUCCAUACAACAAUAGUUAAUAGUGACCAUGGCAGAGUUUCCCAAAAAUAUCGGAAGAGUAAGUAGAUUGUAGAAACCACUGCCAUCAGUGGUCUCUACGGUAAACUUUUGGGAAACACAGCCCACGUUUGUUUAGCUCAAAAAAGGACAAAAAUAUCAUAAAAGCCCAAUAAAAAAUUCCUCCAACCUGUGCCCUAUAUUUCAAGUCUUCUGAAGCCAUACGGUAGCUUUAUGUGAGGGAGAAACAAUGCAAAUAAUGCGUUUCAUUUUUGGGUGAACAAUGCCUUUAAAUUAUAUUCAACCUCAUAUAAACAUGUUACCAUUUCUGAAUCAAAUGCAUAACUGUUGUUUACAAUUUUUAUAAAUGUGUAAAUGUAUUUAGUUUUUUAGCAAUUGAAAUAAUCUCCUUAUUGCAAAUUUCCCCUUAAUGUUUGCUAUAAAAUGUCAAGCCGUUUUUCUUUAUACUUUGCUAUUAUGUCAUGAUUUUUCUGUAAUAUGUUAUAAUAAGAUUGUAUUUGCUAACAUUAGAUAAUGCAUUAGUUAUCGUGAACUGAACAAUAGAUUUUUACAGUAUUUAUUAGUCUUAAUUUAAGCAUUUAGAAGAGUAAAUUGAUCAAAAUACUAGUGCAUAAUGUAACUACAAUAUACACUAACUAAUGUUAACAUGAACAACUUUCAAUUUAAAAAAUAUGAAUAUGUUGGAAUUAACAUGAAUUGCCCGAAACUAAUGAAUGCACUUAAAGUAUUGUUCAUUGUUAGUUAAUGUUAACUAAUGUUAAUAAAUACAACCAUAUUGUAAAGCUUUACUGAUUAUUGUUUUUUUUGUAUCAGCAUAAAGGCAGGACAACAAAUAAUACCAUGAUGUAUAAAUACUAUACAACUUGAAUCAUGUUUGUCGCAGUAAUAUUAAUGUAUUUGCAUGCAAACAACGUAUUUCAAGAAUGGCAUAAAAUAAUCGAAAACAUUUGCAUCAUGUUGCAUCCGAGACUACUGUCGCAUCGGCCAGCAAUUCUCAUUUAAGCAGAAAUGAUGAAUGUGUACACAGACAGUCUUUAUUGUAAAAGAGGUAGAGAAUACAGGUGUUUCACUGUACAGAGAAAAAGACAGCACUGUUGAUAUACUCAUUCAAACAGUAAAUAAAGACUGUAAACACACCUCAUUCAUAUAACUGGUACAUAAACAAACCCAGUAAAAAAGAGAAGCACACACACACAGAAAUACACACACACACACACACACAAAACACAAUCUUUGGAUUUUCUAUAUUGCCCCCUUCACCCAAGCCAAUUCUAUCUAUGUGCUUUUAAUUAACGAUAUACAGCAGUGAUAAUAACAAUAAUAAUAAUAUAGAUAUAAUGAAAGUAAUCUUAAAGCAUUUUUAAAAAAAGCUCCCUCUUUCAACACCCAGAUAUUGCAGUAACAAAGUGGAAAUUGUGAUGUAGUGGAAAAGUGAAAAAUAAAACAAAUAAAAUAUAUGGCAACUAAAAAACGUUUUCUCAUUCAGCCCUUUUCUCUUGCACAAAUACACUCAAACUCACUCCAAAUGGACAAUGGGUCACAAUUCAUGCAACACGAGCAGAACAAAUUUAGGUAAUUUUUCGCAAAACCAAACUUACAUAAAAUAUAUAUAUAUAUUCUUGUGAGUUUUUCUCGCAUUGAACUGAAUGCACAAAUCUAUGUUAGAAUAAUUUGAAUAAUUUACACAGAAAAUGUACUUAAGAAGGGUUUUAUUAAGGAUCAACAUAGAAAUUCGCUCUGCUUAAAUUGAACCGUUCGAAAAUCUACGCGAGAAGGGUUUUAUGAACGAUUUACACAAAUUCGCUCUGCUCGCACCGAAUUCAAUACGUAAAUACGAAACUAUACGUAAUAAUGGUUUUAUGAAAAUCUGCACAUAAAAUCGCUCUGCUCAUAUUUAGUUAAAUGUGAAAAUGUCUGCAAAACUCGUUAUGAACGAUUUACAUAGAAAUUCGCUCUGCUCACAUUAAAUUCGAAAAGUUACGUAAGAAUGGUUUUAUGAACCAUUUACACAAAUUCACUCUGCUCGCAUUGAGUU